AUGUUAGAUAUACAAAAAAUAUUCUUUUAUUUCUUUCCGUCGGCGAACCACCCCAUCGCGAACACUGAAUAACUUGUCAAGUCGUAAGUCCCAAAGUCCGUAACAGUGCGUUCCAUGAAUACGACGAUCUUGCACAACUGUUUAUUGAAUGUAUUUUGAAAUUUGAAUGCUAAUAUUAAUAAUUUAUUACUAAUGAGUAAGAGUAAUAAUUUCUUGCUAGUUGUUCACACUAAAUGAAAAAAAUAACAUUAAAAAGAACUGUAGCCCACGAUGGAGUUUCAUUAAUUUUCGACGACGAAUCGUGUACCACACUUGACAGUUCGUCUACAAGUCCGCUAGUCGGCAGUUGCUACAACUCGGCGUAGCACUCAGCCCCACAGGCUACAGGACAUCGACGGACUGCCCGAGUGCAGUGUCAGUGUUUAGUGGCCAGUGUGCGUCGCUCGCGGUUCGCACGUGAGCGAACGACGCCAACGUUUUUUUAUCUUUUCCCGAGGCCGUGUAUAGGAGGGAGUUGCCGAAUACGUUUUGCGUGUAUUAUUUUAUUAUAUUGUUAAAGAUUUAUUAUUAUUUAUUACGAUUACCUAUAGAGAUUGCCAACUAAUCACUUACUACAGUGUAUUAUUACAUUCGAAAUUAUUCGCUAUUUCCUACCGCGUUCGAAUCAAUUGUCGACCGACGACCACCGUUCGCCGCCGUUUGAAAUGUCUCCUGUUUGGCGGGUAAUGGACUCGUCGUCGUGACCAUACUAAUAAAAUAACUACUGCGUGCAGCUAAAACUCGUGUCCAUCACCGAAGUCGUGGACGUCAACAACCGCACUCAUCGAAGUCGUCUUCAAUUCUUCAUUCAAAUAUAGUUAUUAUUAUUAAAUAUCAUUGUAAUCGUAUUCAUGACAAACAUCAAAGUUAUUUUGUAAUAAUAUACAAAUCAAUAGAAAAUGAACAAUAAGUCAUACUCAAUACUAACCAAAGACAUGAUCAAUAAUUCUGAACAUGAUGAAUCUGUACCAGAAAAUUGUUUUUGCCCUGUAUGCAAUGUACAUAUGAAUAGAAUAAAGAGAUCUCGACCACUUGAUACUCACCAAGAACAUAAUGCAUUUUCACCAGAUGGAAUUAAAGAACGGUGGUGUCCUAUGGAUCGGUUACAAACACUUCGUACAAAUUUACAUCAAACAAUGGAUCAUGGUUCAGAAAGACUAUUAAAGUUAAAUCCCUAUCCAAUUUUGGAUGCUGAUCCUAUAUUAGACAAUUUAAACUACUCUAAUGCGUUAUCUAAAUCUCCUCAUUCAUUAGGAAAUAAAAAGAAAGAUUAUACAACACAAUCUAUGUAUGAAAUAGAACAAAAUGACAGACACAGUGAUGUUUUUCUAUAUAAUAAUUCAAGGCAAUGGGAAGAAAACGAGAAUUGUGUAGAUCAAGAGGAGUUCAAAAAUAUUGAUCAAUUUAAUUAUUCACCAAUUAAAAAGUAUGAUAUGCAUAUGAGACAACCUCCUGUUCAUCGCCAACGCAAGAUAUUACCAACGGUUCCUCCUAAACCUCUUAUUUCUACAAAUUGUACGCAUAAGAUAGGAUGCUCAUCUUUUACUAUAAAUGGUCAUUUGAAUAAUACAAAUCCAAAGAAUAAAGAUCUCAUGGACAUUCCAAAUCAAAAAACGAUUGUCAAUCAUGUACGAUUAGCUACACUUAUGCCUGUAGUAUCGAAAGAAACAUAUAAAUCAAUGAAACAUACUAAAGAUAUACCUAAAGUAAAAGAAUCAUUGACAAUAACUAAAGAAGAUGAGCAAAUUCAUGAACAAUCGAGUUCAAAACCAGAAUUAAUACUUAAUUGUGAUAUCUAUGAAAAAUCAAAAUCAAAAUUAUCUGAUAUUAACUGUAAAAUAUCAAAUCCUAAAACUAGAUGUCAAACUGAUAAUAUAAAUAAUACAUCUGUGUUUUCUGUCAAUUCUUUAAAAACACACGUGGACUUAACUUCUGAAAACGCUCAAACAAGCUUAGAAUCUCCAAUAGUGCAACCCCUUAACAAAAAAAUAGAACAAGAUUUUAUGAUUGAUGAACCAAAUAAAUUAGCUUUUGACCAUUUGUUUUCAGGUACUCAAAAACAAAAAGAUAAUUUUGAAUAUCAUUCAGCCUUAAGACCUAGUUUAUUUUCUAAUAUGCCGCCAUACAUACGAUUUUCUUCUCAUGAUAUGAAAGGUGAAUCAUUUCCAUUAUCUUUACAAAAGUUAUUAAAGUGGAAACUUAGUUCUAUAACUCCAAUUGUUGUACGUCGAACUAUUCAAAAUAGUGGUUUUAAACUCGUUAGAAAAUCUAAUGAUUGGGUUGGAACUUGGGGUAAACAUAUGAAAUCAUUAUGUUUCAAAACUCUUCGAGAACAACAAAAACUUAAUCAUUUUCCGGGUACUUUUCAAAUUGGUCGCAAAGAUAGACUAUGGAAAAACUUGCAUAGAUUAAUGUUAAAAUAUGGUAAAGAACAUUUUGGUUUUAUACCUACAUCAUACAUAUUACCUCAAGAAGCUAGAAUUUUACGACAAGUUUGGGAGAAAAAUGAUGAAGAUAAAUGGAUUGUUAAACCGCCAGCAUCUGCUAGAGGAACUGGAAUUCGCGUCAUUUCAAAAUGGGGUCAAAUACCAAAGAAGGUACCUUUAGUUGUACAGAGGUAUAUAGAUAAUCCAUAUUUAAUCAAUGACACCAAAUUUGAUUUAAGACUCUAUAUACUUAUCACUUCAAUUAAUCCACUUCGGCUAUAUCUUUAUGAUAAUGGGCUUGUACGAUUUGCUUCAGUUAAGUAUUCAUCUGAUCUUACCACAUUAUGUGAUCGAUAUAUGCAUUUGACAAAUUAUAGUAUUAACAGACUUAGUAGUCAGUAUACUCAAAAUGAAGAUGCUGAUGCAUGUCAAGGUCAUAAAUGGACAUUACGAUCAUUGUGGACAUAUAUGGAAAAAGAACGCAAAAUUGAUGUUAAAAAAUUAUGGGAGAGCUUAGAAGAUCUAGUUGUCAAAACGGUUAUUAGUGGUGAAUCGCCUAUGAGUCAAAUGUGUCGUUCAAAUCUGAGCAAUAGAUAUAAUGCAUACGAGUUAUUUGGAAUAGAUGUUUUGUUCGAUGAACACCUUAAACCUUGGAUACUAGAAGUCAAUAUAUCUCCUUCAUUGCAUUCAUCUUCUCCUCUUGAUUUGGCUGUCAAAGGACCAUUAGUCAAAGAUCUAAUGAAUAUGGUUGGUUAUCAUAUUCCAAACAAAAUGUCUUCUAGUACACAUAAUAAUUUACUCAAGAUGUUAGGAGUAAAAUCUCCACUAUGUUAUGAUAAGAGAUUAUAUACAUUCAAUUUAUCUGUUAAAGAAAAAGAAAAACAAGAAUAUUAUACAAAUGUUGAAUCCAGAGCAGAAUAUAUCGAUAGUAUAUUAGAUGAUCUAUUACCUGAUGAUAUUCGACAUCUUAUUAGUUAUGAAGAUGAACUUACACAAAUUGGCUCAUUUCAAAAAGUAUUUCCAACCACUUCAUCUUUUAAAUAUCAUCAAUACUUUGAUGGUUCCAGAUAUUAUAAUAUGCUUUUUGAUGCAUGGGAAUGUAAAUAUAGUAAUAACAGAGGAGAAGGUAUUGCUGUGCUAGAAAAAUUAUGUCAGUUAAAAAUUCACUUGGAGGUACCAGAUAUUGAUGAAGAACAAUCAAAAACUUGCGACAUCCACCAAAAUACACAAAUGGAAGUUGAAAAAAUGUUUGAUAAAUCCGGCAGUGAUAAAUUAAUUGACCAUCAUCAAGCGGUCAUCAGUCAUUUUUCAAUGUCUGCUGCCGAACGUCGUCAUAUGGUGUAUACAUCUAUUACAAUGUCUGACGAAGGAGAUUGGAUUAGUGAUGAUUUUCCAUUUGAUGAUGAUUCUACAUCAGCAACCAGUCAUCCAAUGGUUUCCUGAUAUUUAACCAUGUUAAUGAACACAAAGCAUGCAAUAACAUCAAACCGAUUGCGAUUGUAUGGUUUUGUUCAUGGCGUUUGGACUUGGUUAAAAACACAUAUUAAUUAAUUUUUUAGUUUAAUUAAACUAAAAAUAAUAUAUUGUGAUAACUUAGAUGUAUUCCUAAGAAUAGGGAACAAAUUUGUAGUUACUUUUUAGAAUAUUAAAGUAAUGUAAAUAAUAUUUGUUACAUUCUUAGUAGUUAAGGGGUUGUUAAAAAUAAGUGUAUACAUUUUAUUCGGUGAUCAGAUAAAGCUUAACUAUUUUUUUCUGAGGACUUCACUUGUCCAUAAUUGUUUAUUAAAAACUGUUUUACGCCGAUAAGAACCAUCCUGACAAUAUUCCUUAUUAUACCAUAUUUUUACCAUUAUCUUUUUUUGUGUGAAUAUUUGUUUUUAUUUAUAAUUGUUUAAAUAUGGGUUCUUCCCCACGUGAAAUUGUUUUUCUAUAUAAUUUUGUAAUCACGCAUCAACCAACUAUAUACGUGGACACGUGUUACUGAUGUGAAACCACUUGAUUGUUACUUUGAAAUAGUUCUUAAAUUUUCUAUAUCAAAUAAAAAGUGUAUGUCGUAUUAUCUUAAAGAUACCUACUAAUUUUUGGUAUAUUUGUUUGUGGUAAAGAAAGUUAGAUUAUUGUUGAAGGUAGAUUUUUAAAAUUAUGUGCAAUUUUGGUUUUUCAAUACCAAUAAUUUUUUUUGUGACCAUUUUCAAUUUUAAACAAACAAGAUAGUAUUAAAAUUAAUAAUAA